AUGAAUCCCAGCAGGAAGGAUUGGUCUCUACGCUUGAAUGAUGCACUAUGGGCCUACAGGACUGCAUACAAGACGCCUAUCGGUAUGUCCCCAUAUCGGUUAGUCUUUGGGAAAGCUUGUCAUCUACUAGUGGAGUUGGAACACAGAGCAUAUUGGGCCAUCAAGAAGUUCAACUUGGACAUGAAACAAGUUGGUGACAAGAGAAAGAUGCAACUAAAUGAACUUGAGGAAUUAAGGCAUGAUGCAUAUGAGAACGCCAAGCUCUACAAGGAAAGAACCAAGGUUUAUCAUGAUAAGCAACUGGUCAGGAAGGAGUUUCAUGUAAGACAUAAAGUGUUAAUCUAUAAUUCAAGGUUAAGACUCUUCCCUGAAACUUAA